AUGAAGUGGGUAAAUGAGAGCAUCAUACAAGAUUUCAUUCUGCUAGGUUUCUCAGAUCAACCAUGGCUGGGGUUUCCACUCUUUGUGGUCUUUUUGAUUUCUUACAUUGUGACUAUCUUUGGCAAUCUGACCAUUAUUCUGGUGUCACUCCUGGACUCCAAACUCCAUACCCCCAUGUAUUUUUUUCUUACCAAUCUGUCAGUUCUAGAUCUUUGCUACACCACAUGUACAGUUCCACAGAUGCUGGUAAAUUUAUGCAGCAUCAGGAAAGUAAUUAGUUAUGGUGGCUGCGUGGCUCAGCUUUUCACGUUUCUCAUCUUGGGGGCUACUGAAUGUGUCCUGCUGGCCGUCAUGUCCUUUAAUAGGUUUGUAGCUAUUUGUCAUCCUCUCCAUUAUUCAGUGAUCAUGCACCGAAGGCUCUGCCUCCAAUUGGCAGCUGCAUGCUGGAUUACUGGCUUCGGUAACUCAGUGUGGUUGUCUACCCUGACUCUCCAGCUGCCACUCUGUGGCCCCUAUCAAGUAGAUCAUUUUCUCUGUGAAGUCCCUGCACUGCUCAAAUUGUCCUGUGUUGAUACAACAGCAAAUGAGGCUGAACUAUUCUUUGUCAGCGUCCUACUCCAUCUCAUACCAACACUCAUCCUUAUAUCAUAUGCUUUUAUUGCCCAAGAAGUCUUGAGAAUCCAAUCUGCUGAAGGUCGACAAAAAGCAUUUGGGACAUGUGGCUCCCAUCUAAUUGUGGUGUCACUUUUUUAUGGUACAGCUAUCUCCAUGUACCUGCAACCACCUUCUCCCAACUCCAAGGACCGGGGAAAGAUGGUUUCCCUCUUCUAUGGAAUCAUUUCACCCAUACUGAACCCCCUCAUGUAUACACUUAGGAACAAAGAGGUAAAGCAAGCCUUUAAAAGGUUGGUUGCAAGAGUCUUCUUAAUCAAGAAAUAA